GGCGGUGGUCAGCUUGCCUCGUCUAUAGUAGAGGAAGAAGGUUUCCCUCGAGCCUGUCAGCGGAGAUGGAAACGGAGCAUAUUUUGGACGAUAGUCUUGAUUCUGUUGAGGCACCCAUGACGGUGAUCUAUGAUAACAACACCUCCCCCAUGAGCAUCACAACCAGUGGUGGCAUUCGAACUGGAGAUGGCGGCAGUGACAGUGAAGAACCAGAGCCCAUGACUACUAUCCCUCUGACCCACUCCUCUAGUGGAGGGGUCGGAGGUGGAGGAGGGGGCCGCAGAAAAAAGGAGUCUACUGCACGAUAUAACAAUGAGCGGGAGAUGUGCCUUCAGUGCUUCGAGAAGUGGAGUGAACAAGAUCAGCUGGAGUUUAUGGAGCAUCUUCUGUCCCGCAUGUGCCACUAUCAACAUGGCCACAUCAAUGCCUUCCUGAAGCCUAUGCUACAAAGAGACUUCAUCACACUUCUCCCAAAAAAGGGUCUUGACCAUGUAGCAGAGAAAAUAUUAGGUUAUUUAGAUGCUAAAUCUUUAAGAGAAGCAGAACUAGUAUGUAAAGAAUGGCACAGAGUCAUUGCUGAUGGGCUACUCUGGAAGAAGCUAAUAGAACGCAAGGUGCGCACUGACCCCCUAUGGAGAGGACUAUCAGAGCGAAAAGGAUGGGGCAUGUACCUAUUCAAGCCACGGCCUGGGGAGCAGCAUCCAGGACACUCCUAUUAUCGUAAACUCUACCCUAAAAUAAUUCAGGAUAUUCAAACGAUAGAAGCAAACUGGAGAAUGGGAAGACAUAAUCUGCAAAGGAUAAAUUGUAGGUCAGAAAAUUCCAAAGGUGUCUACUGCUUACAGUAUGAUGAUCAGAAAAUUGUGUCAGGCCUUCGAGACAACACAAUCAAAAUUUGGGACAGAACUUCCCUGCAGUGUUACAAGGUACGAGGGGUAUUGACAGGACACACAGGCUCUGUGUUGUGCCUCCAGUAUGAUGAGCGAGUGAUUAUCAGUGGAUCUUCUGACUCCACGGUGAGGGUGUGGGAUGUGAAUACUGGGGAUAUGACCAACACUCUAAUUCAUCACUGUGAGGCUGUCCUGCAUCUGCGCUUCAACAAUGGCAUGAUGGUCACCUGCUCUAAGGACCGAUCAAUAGCUGUCUGGGACAUGGUGUCACCUGCCGAAAUAAAUCUAAGACGUGUUCUAGUAGGGCAUCGAGCAGCUGUGAAUGUUGUUGACUUUGAUGAGAAAUAUAUUGUUAGUGCAUCAGGGGACAGAACAAUUAAGGUUUGGAGUACAGGCACAUGUGAGUUUGUUCGUACACUCAAUGGCCACAAAAGAGGAAUUGCAUGCCUGCAGUACCGGGACAGACUAGUGGUUAGUGGAUCUUCAGACAACACUAUAAGGUUAUGGGACAUAGAAUGUGGUGCUUGCCUUCGGAUACUAGAGGGACAUGAGGAGCUAGUUCGUUGCAUAAGAUUUGACAACAAGAGAAUAGUAUCUGGAGCAUAUGAUGGGAAAAUCAAAGUGUGGGACCUCCAGGCUGCAUUGGACCCCCGAGCUCCUGCUGGUACACUCUGUCUGCGGACUUUAGUGGAACAUUCAGGCAGAGUUUUUCGUCUGCAGUUUGAUGAAUUUCAAAUAGUGUCGUCUUCUCAUGAUGACACCAUCCUCAUUUGGGAUUUCCUCAACUGCUCUCCUUCAGAUUCCACUACGUCAGCCGGGGGUCGGUGCAGCUCCCCCACUGUAGAUACCAGCUAAUGGAUUGGAGACUUAGCAAUGUGUGUUUUGUGUUCACCUGGAAUUGUCAUCAGAAUGUUUUGCAUCCUGAGAUGCUGCUGCAGCUGUAACCAAAACCCGAGUGAUGGAAACUCGAGUGUCAUAAAACAGUUGAAAGUGCAAGUGAAGUGUAUAUUGUGAAGGGUAUACUUGUAUGCAUUACAAACUGAUGAACAAGUGUCAUUUGUACAUGUGGCACCCAUGCCCCGGGCCCGUCCAUACAGCUGUGGUAUGAUAUACAGACUAGAUGACAUGAAGCAUUGCUAGACAGGAGUUAGCAUGCCAGUUUUGUUAUUUCUGUGCCCUUUGCCUUUCGUGCACGUAGAUGUGAAGUCACUCAGUUUGAAGCUGCAUAUCGGUGACUUCAGUCAAAUUCCUAUGCUAACGAGUUUAACCAUUUCCAAUAAUUAUGGCCUAGAGGUGGAACACUUGAAGGUCUGAGUUGUCCAUUAGCAUUAACAGUUCAGGCCUGUCAUUAAAAGUGCUCUAGUAUAAGUGUUCUGCUUUAAAUAAGAUUAUUACUUGAUAUCAAAGAGUUAUAGAAGAAAAUCCAGUUUGAGUAAGAUACAUUAUAUCAGAUUGUCCUGUUCAGAAAAAAAAUAGAAAUGAUCUCAUUGAAGUCCAUCACACAUAACAGUUAAUAAAGAUCAUCCCAAACAGGCUUUUAAA